UCCCGUGACUUCUCCCGCUGUGAUAAUCAUGGCUGCCAGCUUGUCUGAUAAGAGCUGUUGCCACCGGUAGCUUUUCGCGUGCUUCUUGUGACCCGGGGCGUGACCUGCCGCCUUCGUAAGCUCGAAGCUCGCCAGCUGGGUUGUGUGGUAGCGUUGCGCGACUGUGGAUAUGAUAGCUUCGUGGGCCUACAAGGAUCAAUUAACCUCUCCAUCUGCUGGCGGCCAAAUGUCAGCCAUGGCAUCGAGACACCCCAACGAGGCGGGCGACGCCGCCGCCGCCACAGCGACGGAGUCGGUCCCGGGCUUCUUCUCCUCGGACUUGCGCCGGCACGAAGACCUCAAGAACAUGCUGGACAGCAGCAAAGACGGCCUUAAGUUGGAGGCCAUGAAGCGCAUCAUCGGCAUGAUCGCGAAGGGUAAGGACGCAUCCGAGCUGUUCCCGGCCGUGGUUAAGAACGUCGUCUCGAAGAACCUCGAAGUCAAGAAGCUCGUCUACGUCUACCUGGUGCGCUACGCGGAAGAGCAGCAGGACCUGGCGCUACUUUCCAUCUCGACAUUCCAGCGGGCGCUGCGCGACCCCAACCAGCUGAUCCGGGCGAGCGCCCUGCGUGUGCUGUCCAGCAUCCGCGUCCCCGUCAUCGUCCCCAUCAUGAUGCUGGCCAUCAAGGACGCCGUGAGUGACAUGUCGCCGUACGUGCGCAAGACGGCGGCGCACGCCAUCCCCAAGCUGUACCGGCUCGACCCCGAGCAGAAGGAGCAGCUGGUCGAGGUGAUCGAGAAGCUGCUCGCCGACAAGACGACGCUGGUGGUCGGCAGCGCCGUCAUGGCCUUCGACGAAGUGUGCCCCGAGCGCAUCGACCUGGUGCAUCGGAACUAUCGUAAGCUGUGCAACCUGCUUGUCGACGUCGAAGAGUGGGGUCAGGUCGAGAUCAUUCUUAUGCUGACGCGCUACGCGAGGACGCAGUUCGUCGACCCAAACGCUCCUUCCUCGGUUGCCGGGGCGGACGACGCGGACGACGCCGGUCGCCCAGGAGUGGACGACGACGAAGACCGUGGCCCCGCCAUAGAUCCGGACCUGCGCCUUCUCCUGCGCAACUGCAAGCCCCUGCUCCAGAGCCGCAACUCGGCGGUCGUGAUGGCAGUGGCGCAGCUGUACUACCACCUGGCGCCACGCGCGGAGGUAGCGCUGGUGGUGAAGUCUUUGAUUCGGCUGCUGAGAAGCCACCGCGAGAUCCAGACAGUCGUCCUGAGCAACGUGGCCACAAUGUCGAUUCGAUGUCGCGGCUUAUUUGAGCCAUUCCUGCGCAGCUUCUUUGUGCGCUCUAGCGACCCUACACACAUAAAGUUGCUCAAGCUGGAAGUCCUUACCAACUUGGCUGGAGAGACCAAUGUGCCGGUUAUACUGCGCGAGUUUCAGACCUAUGUGGCGAGUUCUGACACCGAGUUUGUGGCAGCAACCAUCCAGUCCAUUGGACGCUGCGCCAGCACUAUCCCCGAGGUGGCCGACACCUGCCUUAAUGGAUUGGUGGCCCUGCUCUCUAACCGGAACGAAGCUGUUGUUGCGGAAAGUGUGGUUGUCAUUAAGAAGCUACUUCAAAUGAAGCCUUCCGAGCACCGGGACAUAAUUGGCCACAUGGCCAAGCUCAUGGACAGCAUUGCGGUUCCUAUGGCACGAGCCUCUAUCCUGUGGCUUUUGGGAGAGUAUGCCGACCGUGUGCCCAAGAUUGCUCCUGACGUACUCCGGAAGGUGGCCAAAACAUUUAUUCAGGAGGAAGACAUUGUGAAAUUGCAGACACUGAACCUUGCUGCUAAGCUGUACCUGACCAACUCAAAGCAGACAAAGCUGAUCACACAGUAUGUGUUUAGCCUUGCUAAGUACGACCCGAACUACGACAUCAGAGACAGGGUGCGGUUCCUGCGUCAGUUGGUCAUGCCUCAGGGCGACACUGGUGGUGUGCUUCACAAGCACGCCAAGAAGUUUUUGCUGGCAUCCAAGCCAGCACCUGUGCUGCAAUCAAAAUAUGAGGACAGAGACCAUUACCAGAUUGGUUCGCUCUCACACUUUAUCAAUGGCAAGGCUAAUGGUUACCAGGAGCUCCCAGACUUUCCAGAGGUGGCUCCGGACACAUCGGUGCGUAAUGUGGAAGUUCCUACGGUGUGGCAGGAAGCGAAAUCUUCUAAAAAGAAGAAGCAGGUUGUCAAAAAGAAGUCCUUUUACUCCGAGACUGACUCAAGUCAUUCGGCAGAUGAAUCUAGUUCAGGCUCGAGUGAUGGGUCGUCAGACGAGGAGACAGCUUCCGGAAGCGAAACUGAAUCAGAUGACUCCGAGAGAGUGGUUGGUGAGAGCUCAGAUGAGUCUGGUUCUGGUGACAGUCGUGUCAAUGGCACUGCAGAUGCAAAGAGUGCAAAAGAUUCGAGCGCAAGUUCGAGCAGUGAAAGCGAGGAGUCGGAUGCAUCCAGUUCGAGCAGCGAAGCACCGGUUGCAAAGCCAAAAAAGGUACCAGCUUCGAGGAGCAACCUGGACCUUCUCCUUGAUCUGGACGACAUGAGCACCGCACCCAUCGCUGCCACCUUGCAGCCGAUGAGUGCCCUCACAGUGACAGCAGUGGCAGGACAAACAGAGGCACCUCGCUUUGUUGCCGUGUCAACACCUGCUCAUGUGCCGGCCGAAUGGAGGGAGCUCCUGAACAAGGUGUCCGGAGCCGGCCUAGCCAUCAACUACAGGUUCACCCGGACACCCCACCUCUUCUCGCCCAAAAUGGCUUCCGUCGAGGUGACGUUGGCUAACCACGGUGAAGAGGAGUUGCCGGGUGUGCAAAUUACCGACCGCCUCGGCCCUGGCAUCUCCUCUGAGGUUCGAGGCAUUGCAUCUGAACCUUUGGCACCUGGUGCCACACGUCUCGCUACCUUGGGCAUAGAUUUUGGCGACAGCACCCAGCUGGUGACCUUGGAGGUUGUUAUAGAAAAUGGUGCGCGACACACGCUGACGCUUCAACCACCCGUUGGCGAAAUCUUGCGCCCAGUGCGCAUCACCCACGACGAGUUCCUCGCCCAGCAAGGAAGGCUGCGAGGCAUGAAUGAACACAGCUGCAGUCUUGAAAAGAUGCCUGAGGUAGCCGAGAAAGUGCGGCAGCGUGUUCAUCGUGCUGCAAACGUGCUGGCCGUCGAAGAUGAACAGCCCGGAUGGGUGCGCUUUGCGGGCCAGACAUUAGCUUCGAGGUCUUUGGUGUUGGUCACUGUGCGCCUACCGCAGGGCUCGGCCAAGGCCACACUUACUGUGAACUGUGACAAGAUGGUGGUUGGCUCUAUGCUGAUGCAAGAGCUGCGUACAGCCCUCUCAUGAGUGCACUCACCUUACACUUAGGCUGGGCGGGUGUAAUAGCUGCACUUUUGCCAUGAAUUUUCUGGGGUGUUGAGAAUUUUGUGGUUAUCGAGCAAGCAAGGAGCUGGCCAUUGUGUGGCACGAGCUGAUCAAACAUGAAUUGACCUGGUUUGCUCA